AUGAACCACCACCGCACAGAUCGCAAACCUCUACCGCACAGAUCGCGACGCUACCUAAACUACCGCACACCUCAUCAAAGAAAAAAAAAAAAGAAAAGACGAACCACUGCACAGAUCGCGACGCUGCUGCGACGAACCACCACACAGAUUGCGACGCUACUAUUCAGAGAAGCAUCGACAGGCCUUGCGAGGGAAAAUGAAGGCAGCACCAGAAAGGUACGGAAGCUUAUCUCUACUUGUUGUACUAAUAUUUCUGUCGAUGAUUCCAUGCUUGAUCGUGGGACUGCUUCCGAGAUAAAAGAUAUUAGUGGCAAGUUGGAAGGUCUAUCAAAAAGGAUUAGUAUGCUCAAUUUGGUGGAGAAUGUAAGGGCGACACGUUACAGAACAGGAGAAAGAUUCCAAAUAGCUUCGUUUACGGAAGAAUCUGAAGUAGUAUCGGAAGCCUAUUCCCUUUCCUAG